ACUCGUAACUGACAGUUGCCAUAGACGGGGUGUUCAUAUUUGUGAAUAAUCGUAUGGAUAAAUUAAACAGACAUCUAGUUUAUUCAUUUCAUGACCCGGAGCCAAAGUGACUUCUAGCAUAAUAAGUUGACCGUGUGCGUUUUACAGCCGUGGGGAAAAGAAACGAGGAAACAGGCUAACUUUAGGCUAACAUUAACGUUGCUUUUUGAGAAGAUGUCAAAAUUCAAUUUCAGCUUCAGGAGGAGCGAAAGGAGAGCAUUUAAGCACAUAGCUCACGGUCUGAUCCCUGCUGCCACCAUCGCCCCCAGAGCUGCUGUGCCUCGCACCCCUCCCCCCCGCAGCCCCAACCCCUCCCCAGAGAGACCCAGGUCAGCUCUUGCGGCGGCCAUCUUGAGCUCGUCUCUGACGGGGCGUACGGUGGCCAUCCCCCCUGUGCGUGCGCGCUCCUUCUCUGAGAGUGACUGCUCGCGCUCGGAUCACCCCGACGACUUCCAGCCCUUCGCCACCACUGCCCUCUACACCAGAGACCGCUGGUCAGAUGCUCCUGUGGGCUUGAGACCCCGCUGCCCCUCCCCUGGCCGCUCUGCUGAGGAUGAUGAGGAUGAGGAGGAUGAUGAGGAGGAGGAGGAUGAUGAAGGCCUAGAGGAGGAGGAGCUGUCGGAGGACGGACACGUGUACCAGUCCGUGGAGCACCCCGUCAGGAGCGCCCCGCAAGAUAUCGUCUACGCCGUCCCCCUCAAACUGAGAGCCUCUCAGUCAGACGGAGAUGAACUGACCGAGGACAGUACUUUCGACAUAGUCUCACCCCUACACACAGAAGGGCUGGGCUCGGAGGCGGGGGAGGCGUACCGGGAGGCGCUGGAGGUGCAGCGGGAGCUGGUGCGGGCGCUGCGGGAGCAGGCCAGAGGGCUGGGGGGGGAGAAGCAGGCGCUCCGGGAGGAGGUGCGAGGAGCAGGGACACCUCCUGCAGGAGAGCCAGCAGCGCAUACUCGCCCUGGAGAGGAGCUCACCACCGACCACAGCACACACACAGACAGGAGGAGGUGCGAGGAGCAGGGACACCUCCUGCAGGAGAGCCAGCAGCGCAUACUCGCCCUGGAGAGGGAGCUCACCACCGACCACAGCACACACACAGGCGAGAGCGUGGAGCUGCAGAGUCUGCGUCAGCAGGCCCAGGAGUUAGUGGACGAGAACGACGCCCUCAAGAUGACCCUCCACCGCCUCAACGCCGAGCUCAGCCUCUACCAGGCCCGCUACAGACCACUGACCAAGGAGGAGAGUGCCAGGACUCCAGGGUUGCCAGUGAAGGGCCCCUCUCCUCCGUGGUUGCUGGACAUGAAGUAUUUAUCUCCACUGCUGCUAGCCUAUGAGGACCGGCUAGUGGAGAAGGAUACACUCCUACAGUCCUGUGCGGAGGAGGUGAGGAAGUUACGUGUGCAGACUGAGGAGGUGGUGAAGGAGAACGAGAAGCUUCAUGAGCAGAUGAGCAAGACGGGAGGCAUCAGCCACAAAGAGUGGAAGCAGCUGCAGGAGCAGGCUCGUCUGGUUCUGGAGGAGAACCAGGUUCUGUUGGAGCAGCUGGAGGUGCAGCAGGCCAAAGCCAAAGAGAACCAGAACCGUCACCAUCAAGAGGUGGCGAAGGUGUCCAAGCAGCUGGUGCUGCAGGAGGAUGAGCUACUGCUCCUGCAGAGGGAGCUAGAGGACACGCGGCGGGAGCUGCACACUCUCCAGCACCAGGAGGCCACCACCCGCCAACAGCACCACACUGACAUCAGCCAGCUCACACGGCGUAUGGAGGAGGAGGAGAGGAGGUGGCGUGGGGAGCUGGAUGAGCUGCUGGGGAAGAUGGCAGCGCUGCAGGCUGAGAGACAGAGUCUGGUGCGGGAGCAGAGCCAACACCACACACACACACACACCCUGGAGAUAGAGCUGGAGCGCUCACGCCACGCACACAGGAAAGCCCAGCGGCGGGCAGAAGCUCUGAAGCAGCAGCUGGAGGAGUCCAUGGAUAAGGAGCUGACCGCCCUGCACUACCUGGCCGGAGUGGUGGGACUGGCCGAGAAGACCACUCACGAGAGAGACCAGCUCAUACACAUGGCCUCAGCGCUGGAGAAGGACAAACAGGACGUCCUCACACGCACCAUCCAGGGCACCGUGCAGCUCGCCAAGCUACAGGAAAAGAUCAAGGUGUAUAAGCGGGAGGCUGUGGGCAGUGUGAGUGGACUGGGCCGGCGGCUGGUGGAGCAGGAGGAGGCGUUGGCUGGUCAGGCCGAGAGCUUCCUGAGGGAACGCCAACACCUGGCACGCCUGCUCAGGGACAAGCAGCAGGCUCUGGAUGGAGCGCUGCAGCAGAAGAGGGAGGUGGAGUUUGAGCUUGAGGCUGUGUGGGAGUCCGUCUCCAGAGAGAGCCAGCGUAUCCGUGACGCCGUGCUGGAGUCUCCUGCAUCAGGGAUGCUGGUUGCCCUGAGCGACGGUCUCCCCGCCGACUGGUCCCCUCCUG